AGCUUUUGUAGUUUCUCGGUUCGUGAAAUACAAAUAGAACUCUUGAUUCGUGAUGGAUGCUGCAUUUUUUGUCCAGAAGUGAUAUAAUCAGAAUGUUAUGUACGUUGUGAUCCCAUGCAUGUAUGAAAUGAAAUCCCAAUUUGGUUGCAUCAUCGCGCAUAUGGCAAUGUGCUGUACCUGGUGAACGGCGUUUGUGCCUGAACAAAAACUGGUUCACCAAGCGGGACCAAAGGAUAGUAUCAGUUAGUGAUGGCGGCUGCCGCGGUGAUGCAGAGCUAUGACGUGGAGUUUGAGGGGCUGGACGACGUGCUUGACCAGUUUCUUUUACCUUCCAACGCGACACCCAGCGCGGCAAGAACAUCCGGUGAGAAUAUUAAAGGAGUUGUCCCAGCUGCGUCCUCCCACGCGACCGAGACCGUGGAAUCUCAGUUGGAGCGCCUCGAAAAGGAAUGUUGCGAAGUCGCCGACGAGUUGCGAGCCAAGGAAAGCGACAUUCUCGAACAGUUCACUGCGAGCAUGCCCGAGUUUCGCGAGUUGGAUCGCGAAAUCGAGCAGUGCGACCAGACGCUGGCGUCAAUUGGCGAAGUGCUCUCCAACUUUCAUUCGGACCUGCAGACCAUCUCGGACGAAAUCAAGAGCCUACAAACGGAGUCCAUGCAGAUGAGCACGAACCUGCGCAACCGCCGCGCCGCGAGCCACUUGUUGACCAACUACGUGAACGGCCUGAUCAUUUCGCAAGAGCUCGCACGCACCAUUUGCGAAGGCGAAAUCGACGAUCACUACGUGCAGCAAGUGGAAGAACUCUGUCGAAAACUGGACGGGGUCAGUCGCGGUAUAGAAUUUACAUGCAUCAGCUUCUUCGAAGUAUUUUCGCAUCUACCUACAACUAGCGGAAGAACAUCUUUGCGCACUUGGGUUUUGUCUUUGCAGAAGGGGAAGAAAAACGCUCCGUGAUUAUAUCUCCUAAACUCCCUCCCAGGAUCCCGCGAUGGCGGUUCCUCUAGCAGCAGGGCACAGUUUCCGCCGCGAACGACCCCCGGGUCAGGAGCCUUGGGCGAGGAACAGCAGCAUGGCGCCCUUCCCGAGCUCGAGCGGCUGAAGCUGAAGGCCAUUUACCGGGUGCACACCUUUUUGCUCCAGAAGAUCCAAACGUUGAAAAAGCCGAAGACCAAUCUACAGAUUCUGCAACAGAACGUGCUCCUCAGCUUCAAGUACUUCAACGCUUUCCUCGGCCAGCACGCUCCGGAGGCACUGACGGAAAUCCGGCAGAGCUACAUUCAAACCAUGGGGAAGGUGUACCUCCAGCAGUUCAAGACGUAUUUGCUGUCUUUAUCCAAACUGCAGCUGGAGUGGGGCCCUGGCCGCGCGGAUUUGCUGUGCAAUUUUUUCGGCACGUCCGCCGCGGGUGGAGCGGAAAGUGCGUUGCUGAACGAUGCCACAGGCAACAUGGCCAAGAUGGCCAGCUACCUCGGCAUCGGGGAGAGCCUGUUCAAGACCAAGAUGAACGAAAAGGGGAACGUGUUUUCCCUGUCCGGCCGCAAUGCCGUGCUCGAGAACGACUUGGACAAGGACCCGAUUGUGGCGCACUUGAAGUCCGAGCUGAAAUAUUACCCCGAGGCCCUUUUUCGAAGUCACCAGCGACUUCUGAUCGACACCGCCUCUUCGGAGUUUCACUUCCUCACCGAGUUUUUUCUCGGCGAAAACAUCGGCGCCCGAAUAUUUCAGGUACUCACGUGGUUUGAUGUUCCAAGGCAGCCAAAAAAAUUUGUGCUUGGAAUUGCCGCGAUUGUCGUUUUUGUAAGAAUACUUUUACUUAAAAUAAAUCUUCAUAAAGUCACCAUCCGCCCUUCACCACAAUGCACAGGAUGUGUUCGAGCGAACCCUGCAAUUUUUUCACGAGAAGAUGGUGGAAUAUACGGAAAGCUGCUACGACUCAGUGGGGUUGUUGAUCCAGAUCCGGGUCGUGGAAUAUUACAAGGAGAAAAUGACAAGCGGACGCAACUUGCACAUUCUGGACGCAUAUUUCGACAAAAUAUUGCUGGAGAUGUGGCCCCGCCUGCGGUUGAUCCUCGCGGAGAACACCAACUCCCUGCAGGAGUUUCGUAACAUCAGCCUUCUGGAUCGCGGCACGACCACUCCCGUCGCGGGCACCGCAGCCGGAAACGCCGCCGCGAACACGCAAGGUACAACGUCGGCCCCGUCUUCCUGCACUCAUCCGCACUUUGUGACUCGCCGCUAUGCAGAGCUGUUCGCGUCGCUGACACUGCUGCAGGCACCCGUUGUUCAUCAGCUAGCGGUUGUUGAAGGCUCUACGUCCGGCGCGCCGAAGGCUCUCUCUUCGCACCAGCUGGAGCAGCAGAAAGCGACCACGGAACCUGACGAGGUCCUCGUGUCGAGCCUCGCCACCUUACAGGCAGCGUUCGUCACGGAGCUGCAGGCCGUGGCCAGCCGCUGUCUACCGAAAGUCGACGCCCGCGUGUUCUUGAUCAACAACUACGACCUGAUACUCACGGUCUUCUACGAGCGCCAGCUCCCGCCCCAGGUGACGGGGCACUUCGAAGAUCUGCUGCGUACCGAGGUGGCGGAGUUCAUCGAAAUGCAAUUUCGACUCUAUUACCCCGACAUGAUUGAUUUUGUGCAGGCGCACGAGGUCAAGGCCGGGGAUCAACAUCAUUCCAGCGGCGAUGCCUCAGCAAGUGAACAGCCAGCAAAUAACUCGAAGCGCCCUGCGGGCAGCGCGGCGUCAUCGUUAGACGUGAAAGACCUCAACAGCACGCCCGAAAAAAUCAGUCGCCAUUUCGCUGGCAGUUGGAAGCAGAACAUGAGUUCCCUGCACGCCUUCAUCAUGAACGCGUUUGUCAACUUCAACAACGGCAAAGAGAUCCUCAAGCAGUGCUUGACGCAACUGUUGCUUUACUACACCAGGUAUCAGAAAUGCCUGCACAAACUCAACGCGCUGCGGAAUGUGCAAGAACUGAUUGUGCCGAAUUCUGCAAUCCUACAGGAAAUCAAAAACUACUCCAAGGGAUUCUGAAGAAACCAGGAUGCCCGCACAGAAACCGAUGCAGCCAAACAAUAAACAAAAACAAAAGUAAGCUGCAUGUGGAUGAUGUGCGAACACGCCGGAUCUACACAG